AUGCUGAGGGCAGCCCCUGGAACAGUGGCACUGAAUGAAACGCACCAAAAUGGCUUGCCAGAAUUCACCUCUGACAUAAAUGAAAGUGAUCAGGAAGACUACCACCCUGGGAACUUGAAACUGGAACUUGCCAAGCAGAUAACAGCUCAGAUUAAAGACUUGCCACUGAACUACAUAGACUCCAAGAGCACAAUUUUGCGCUGUCAAGGGAUGCAUCUCAUUGAGGACCUAAGCAAAGCCAAGCCACUUCUCCAGGCUGAAAAGGAGCUGCUCAUCGUAAUAAUUGCCAGUAUAUUUGCCUUGCUUCCGACUGAUGCCUUGCAAUGGCAGAGUGGGGAAAAGACCAAUGUUGAGGCAUUGUACAACCAGAAUGUGGAAGCUCUAGAAGCCAUGCUGAGAUCCCUGUUAUUACAGAGACCCUACUCUACAGAGCUGCUUGUGCUCUUAGAUUGUGUGGCACCUUGGAUGGUUUCAAGUCAAGGGUAUGAACGGCUAAGAGCAGUGAACGUCUAUGUUUUCCUGUUAAAAUUUGCAGCAACUUAUCCUGAUUUUCAUGUUUCACAUGAGUUUCCUAAACUGGGGCUUCUGAUAGGUCAUCUGUGCCAGUGUCUCAAUGACCCAGAAAUAGAGAUUGGCUACCAGGCUUUGGAUGGCAUGUGUUUCCUGUACUCGCUUAUGCAGCACCAAAAGGGCAUUGAAAAUGAUACCGAUCUACUGAACACAGAGCAGCACCAAAUACUCAAAGAGAAAUUGGAUUUCUAUGACCCUAUAAGGCCUUGCCAAAACAUCACUAAAAUCCUUAAGGAAUUCGGGCCAUUUCUCACAUCAAGACAGAUGACAGAGCUUUUGUUGACUGCUACAGGCUACCUAAGGGAAACCAGAAUUAGUACCUAUGGGGCAUCAUAUACCACCACCAAUGUGAUCCUUGAGCACUACAAACACAAAUUACAUGACCAGGUACCAGAAAUUGUGCAUAAAAUCUAUCAACAGCUUGGCUCCACCCACCAAUUCCAAGGCAGACAAAUAAUGUUGACAGUGAUAUCUUCCUUGGCUCAUUCCUACAUGGCAGAAGUAUGCAGUGCCCUUCUACAGUGUCCUUUCCCAAUGGACAGAUGUGCAGCUGAUAUUUGGCGUGCAUUGACCAAAACGGGCUCAAAUUUUGAUCUAAUGGUCCUUGUGAACAUCCUGUUGAAAAAGCUGCAAGUGAAUCCAAACUUGACUGGAAACUAUAUAACUUCUCUGGUGGCAGUCAGUGCCUUUUGCAAGUUGUUAUCUAUGCCUAAAUGCUCAGAUGUGGCAUUCAGUAUCUACCCACGACUUCUGAUGACGCUGCUUGUUCAGGUGCACUAUAACAUCAGGCAUAAAGUAAUAAGGAACCCAGUAUCUCAGGAUGAAAGUGAGCCUGUGCGCUAUAUUGUGAAAGCACUGAAAACACUUUUCUUAGCUGUUGGAUGUUAUUGUGAGUUCCUUUCUACUGAGAAGGAUGGGCUCUGGAAACUGCUCACCGACUAUGAAGAUCACCAUCGGGGGGUAGGCAUGCUUGCAAGAGUCUUGCUUCAGUGCCCCUGCUGUGACCGUCUUAGGAUCUUGUACCUUCUAGUUCCUUUCCUGGAGCGAGGUGAUGAAGAGCAUCAGAUUACAGCAAUGGCAUUCUUUAUUGAACUUCUUUAUAUGUCAGAGGCUAAGAGACUUCCAGACAAAUAUUCCUUAAAUCGUCUGAAUCGAGGACUGGUUAACACAAACCCAGUUAUCCGGGCAUUGUGUAUCAGGGGACUAGUUAAGAUGGCAGACUGGCCAGGGAAGGAGAUAAAAAUCUUAUUGCCGGUCAUGAUAAAAGGCCUGUCUGGAAUGGAUGGGAGACUAUAUGUGGAGGCUCUUACUGAAAUUGAGAAGAUCCUUGUAGGUCCAGAAGGAGCAGACUAUAUAUCCAAUAUCCUUCUGUCUCUUCAGGAGCUGUUCAGUAAUGAUAGAGAAAGUGUGCGUGCUUCUGCUAUAUUUCUUUUUGGCAAAAUGGUGAAAAUAGCAAACAAAAGCAACGAGUUGACAAUAAGGCAUCAAAUACUAGAAAAUCUGGUUCCAUUACUUCUACAUCACCAGGAAGAGAAUCCUGAAAUCAUGGAGAGAUACAAUAAACCUAGCGUUCAUUAA